UGACAAAAUAAUUUGAUGAACCAAUCGGACCGAAUUAGCUUUAAACGCUGCGUAGGGUUAUUACAUCACUUUGGCAAUCGGCAAUUUCGAGUUCCCACCUACCUCCCUCUCUCUCAAACCUCAGUCUCAGACGGCCGCGAGACUCCUCACCAUUCUCGUCCCUUCUCCGUUCUCGUCCUUCAGUUCAGUCCUGCAGCCACGGCCAUCCACCCACCCAGUCGCCAGUCCCGCAGCCACCCACCCACCCACUCGCCAAAGCCAGCCAGAGUCUCUUCACUCCAUCCUUCGCGUCUUCAGUCCCGCAGCCACAGCCACCCACCCACCCAGUCGCCAGUCCCGCAGCAACCCACCCACCCACUCGCCAAAGCUAGAGUCUCUUCUCUCCAUCCUUCGCGUCUCUCUCUCACGGCCAUCGCUCGCGGCUCGCGUCUCUCUCUCUCACGGCUGUCGCUAGCGGCUUGCGUCUCUCUCUCUCACGGCUGUCGCUCGCGGCUUGAAUCUCUCCUUGAUGGCCGUCGCUCGCAUCUCUCCCUUACACAAUCGUGGCGACAGCGCCAGCGCCUUUCCCACUCUCCACAGCAGAUAUCCCUUCUCCCCCACUUCGCAGCCAACAGCCACCAUUGUCUCUUCUCCUCCAGCCCGUCUGAGCGGCGCAACCCAGCCAUCAUUUUAAUCGAAGCAGCAGCAGGUCGACGGUGUAGGAAUUCGCAGCAGAAGGUAGAGGAAGGACAUUUCAAGAGGUCUGGAGUUUGUGUAGGUGUCUGUGUGGGGAUGUGGGAAGAUCACACAACAGGAUUAGAAGAUAGUGGUAAGAAACCGUUGAAAAGUCACAUGGAGGGAUUUGAAGAUGGUGAUGUCAAAUCAAAGAAACGCAAAAGGAAUUUGUGUACUGUGGCUGAUGAUGAAUGCCAUGUCAUGACACUAGAAAAUUUUUAUAAAAGAACCAUAUUAGCUUUAACCAAGCCAUCCUACCUUCUUGGGCUAGGUUUUAACCAUGUGCGACCAGAAAAUCGUGUUAGAUUAUGCCACUUUCUACAGAAGUUGGUGAGACAACAUAAUUGGAUGGAGGCAAGUGGUGUCCUCAGCUUGUUAUUGAAAGGAACAUGCAAGGACAAUGAUCCAACUAUGAAUCGAUUCAAGUAUUUGGUUUCAAUGGAGUUUCUCAAACAUGCAGAAAAUGAUGAUAUCAACUUGACUACAAUCAGUGGCAUCUUUGAUACCUGGAUGACAAGGAUUGGGAUAAACUUAGCGAAUAAAAGAAAGACUAGUGAAUAUAUGAAAGAGGACCUUUUUAUUGUUCGUUUGGAGUCCAUACUUAUCCAUUUUAUGCACGGUAACAUUGAAGGUGAGCGUCAGAAUGCUAGAAGCUUGAUGCGAGAACAUGGAUUUGAGGGUCACCCAAUGCUCCAUAUGAUCAUUGGCUUGAUAUUCUACCAGCUUUGGUACUCUAGCAUUCCAGAAGAUAUGCAGUGGAAGGGUUCUGAUCAGAUUUAUACCCCCUCGAAUUCCAACAUAUCAGCAUCACCUUCUUAUUCGGACAUGUCAUUCACAAGAGUCAGAUAUGAUGCUGGGGGCUCAGAGGGACAUAAUGCACUUUUUAGUUGUGAGUCUGAAUCUUCCUUCCAAUUUGAUUCAGAAACCUCUGUCAUGAAUGAUAAAAGAAUGCUUGUGGAGGCUGAAAGUGACUUCCACAAAGAAGUGGUACCUAUGGAGGUGGAGGUUAACCCGCAUAGCAAUCCCCAGCAAGACUUCCAGCCACCUGGUUUUUAUGCGAAUUCUGCUGAAAACGAGCCUUCAAUUGAUAAUGAUGGUUUUCAUAUGCAUUCUUUCCCAAAUUUGUUUGCCCUUAAAAGCUUGGAAUCAUGGUUGUUACCCUUACAAACCAAGAAUUGGGAGUUAGAAAGAGUGAUUCAAGAUGAUGAAUAUGAGAAUGCAGUAAAGUAUUUACGAGAAGCUGUUUACUCGAAACCUCCAGUAAUGUCUGCUUUUCUUCCCUUCGUACAGUUAUUGCUGAUUGGAGGUAAUGUUAAAGAGGCCCUCCAUGAACUUGAGAUGUUUGGUGGCUAUUCAAAUGCAUCGCUUCCUACCAGGUUGAGGGCUUGCCUCUUGGAGCGUGUUGAUCCCACUGAUAGUCUUACUCUCUCAACCUGUUUUGAGGACAGCUUAAAGAGUGAUCCUACAUGUAGCGAGUCAUUGGCAAAGCUUAUCAGCUUGCAUCAGAAUGGGAAUUAUAGCCCUGAAUCCCUUCUGGAAAUGAUUGCUUUACAUUUGGAUGCGGUCCUUGCGGAAUAUAAUACAUGGAGAGAAUUUGCUUCAUGCUUUCUUAAAGUCUGUCAGUAUGAAGAGGAUCAUAUGUCUGUAUGUCUGCAUGGAAAUGAAGGUGGAAAAAAACAAGGUUACUCUGUUCAUUACAAUAGAAUCCCCAAAUUGUUUAUGCAAGGGAGGUCUGGAAAGGCUUGGAGGAUUCGCUGCCGAUGGUGGUUGGCACGUCACUUCAGCAAGAACUUGCUUGCAUCAGAAAUGGCUGCAGGUGAUGUGGAGCUUCUAACUUACAAAGCGGCAUGCGCAAGCCACAUGUAUGGGUCACAUUUUGACUAUGUCGUGGAGGCUUACACUUGUUUAGAAAAGAGAAACAAUAGGGAUUUGCUUAUGUUGUUGCAAAUACACAUGCAGAAUUCCAUUGGACUUAAUCUAUACUUUCAACGGAGGACCAACUGAUAUAUAUCCUUUUUUAUUGUGUCCCAACUUUCUAUCAUCAGAGGUGUUAAUAUUGCAGUUCCUUUUAGCGGCGUCAACAUUUAGCAAAUUGGAGUUGAGGAUUGCAAAGUGAAUUAGUCGAAUAAUUUAUUAGUUUGUUUUUGUUUUAGUUAAUUGAAUCAAGUAAUAUAAAUGUUUAGAAUUUCAGAGACAGUAAUAUAUAUAAGUAAUACAUAGUUAAAAU